GGAAGCGGCUCUUUCGGCUCAGCUCCCGCUGCCUUCCUCGUCCGAACUUCCCCGGAGAAGUUUAUUUCCGAUUCCUGAGGCAGAGCGUCUGCGCGGGCAGUUACGGCGCGCUGACGGCCCGGCGCUGCCGCCCCGCCAGUGGCUGCGGCGCCUGGAGCACGCGGCUGUGCAUGCCUCAUACUAACUGGCUACUUUUUAGUCUUGCAAGAAAAUCUAGAGAGUUGGAGUACUUCUGUUCACUGAAUAAAAUUUAUGACCUGGUGAAGAAUGUGUCAACUCAAAUUCGUGUCCUCUCUGGAGUAACAGAUCGAGUUCAGUGCCUCUCAGUGAUGAAGAGGUCCCGGAAAACUCCAUCUAUCUUUUUGCAAAGGUCCUAGCUUACUGCUUCUGCCAGAGUCCAAAGUGUAAAUAGAGCCCAGAGUGUUCAGUAAGAGGGUCUGAGAAGCAACAGAUAAUGCAGAGAAAAUUCUUGUAAUUGUUACUUUUGUACUAAAGUAAAGAACACGAACCCUUUAAAUAAUGUGUUGUAUUUUUUCAGGUUUAUACUAUCAACUUGGAAUCUCGUUAUUUACUAAUACAAGGAGUUCCCGCAUUAGGUGUCAUGAAGGAAUUAGUUGAACAAUUUGCAUUGUAUGGUGCCAUUGAUGAGUAUCAUGCUCUCGAUGAAUAUCCAGCAGAGCAGUUUACUGAAGUUUACCUUAUAAAAUUCCAAAAACUGCAAUGUGCAAGGGUGGCCAAGAAAAAAAUGGAUGAACGAAGUUUCUUUGGUAGCUUGCUACAUGUGUGCUAUGCUCCAGAAUUUGAAACAGUCCAAGAAACUAGGGAGAAGUUGCAGGAUAGAAGAAAGUAUAUAGCAAAAGCAACAAAUCAAAGAGAUCGCUUUCUUGUAAAGAAAGUAGAGGGGCCCAAAAAGAUCAUCUCAAAAAAAUCAGAGCAUGACUGUCAGUGGACUACAUCAGAAUCCUAUGCAGCUGGUACCUGGGAUCCAUCUCCUUGCUCUUCAAAUUCUCACAUGGUACCACAAAACAAAGGAUAUCCUUCUGGGAGUCAUAAUCAGAGCCAGUUUAUACUUCCCCAGAAUGUCAGUCACUGUGCUGAAACUUCUGGGUACUUUGGUCAAAGCAUGUCCUUAACUCAAAACGUACAACCAGGAGGACCUACUCUACCAAUUUCUUCAAUGCAGCAAAGAACAGUCCCAGUCGAUAAUGGAAUCGACAGGUUUAUGCCUCGUACAACUCAUCUACAAGAACGUAAGAGGAGGAGAGAGGAAGGUAACAAGUUUGCCCUCAUGGGAACGUACAUGGAGAGUACUGAAGUCAUUAUUGGUCCACAGCUACCGGAAGUACCUAAGGUGGAUAUGGAUGAUGAUUCAUUGAAUACUUCAGCUACAUUAAUUCGAAAUAAACUGAAACAGGUGGCAGAUUCUGUUUCAACAUGUGUGGAAAAGCCAAAGGAUAGUUCAACAAAGCCACUUGUAAAGCAAAGAAGAAGAAUAUAGAUACUGCUGGCAGCAUCUUUCUACAGUCUUCUUUAAAGGAUAGUUUAAAAUAUAUUAGGAAUGUCAAAAAUUAUAAAAUAUUUUGUACUGUAUUUCAAAUCAAUUUCAUAUUAAAACUGUAUGUAUUUUUUCCUGGA